CGCCGGCGCUCCACAAAUCUUUCCCCGCUCUGGUGUUGGGUGUGCGGGGAUAAAGCUGAGUGCUAGUUGGUCAUGUGAUUCCUGUUUUUUUUUUUUUUUUCUUCCCUCCUCCUUCGAAGUUGAAAGGCAGGAGCAGAGCAGUGGAGGGGGCCCAGCUUACCUUCUCACUGGUCGUGGAUGCAACGUUUUCUUCUCCUUCUCCACCACUACAUUCUUUGUUUCUCUCUCGGUGUGAUCAUUUUUCCUCCACCUUUCCUUCGCCAUGGCGGGGGCUAUUAUUGAAAAUAUGAGCACCAAAAAGUUGGUGAUAGUGGGAGUUAUUCUGCUUUUGUUUCAGGCGUUUGCCUUCAUGGUCGGCGGUUUAAUUGCUCCCAGCCCUACCACAGCGGUUCACUACCUGGCCUCCAAGUGUGUGGACAAGACCAAGCAUCAAGAGGAAUCAAAAUGGUUCAUGCCUUGGGGUCCUAACCAAUGCGACAAGAUCCAGACCUUUGACGAAGCCAUGGCCAAGAAGAUUGAGGCCAACAACAUUGUGUUUGCUGUCCACAUUCCUCUGCCCAACAAGGAGAUGAGCCCUUGGUUCCAGUUUAUGCUGGUCAUCCUGCAGUUUGACAUCGCAUUUAAGAUGUACAACCAGAUAGAUGAUGGAGCUUUGGCCACCAUUGACGUUGGCCUGGCCUACAGAGACGACACAGUCAGUGAGUGGACAGAGAUGGCUCACUCUUUUGAACAGAGGAAGCUCACCUGCAACUUCACUACUCUCAAGACCUUUGAGAACGAGGGGCGUUACUAUGAGUGUGACCUGCUUCCUUUCAUGGAGGUCGGAAGCGUGGGCCAUAAGUACUAUCUUCUCAACAUUCGCCUGCCUGUCAACGAGCGGAAGAAGAUCAAUGUGGGGAUCGGAGAAAUCAAAGAUAUUCGUCUCGUUAGCAUCCACCAGAAUGGAGGCUUCACUAAAGUUUGGUUUGCCAUGAAGACAUUCCUCACACCCAGCAUCCUCAUCAUCAUGAUCUGGUACUGGAGGCGGAUCACCCUCAUGAGCAGACCUCCUGUGCUGCUCGAGAAGGUCAUCCUCGCUCUGGGUAUCUCGAUGACAUUCAUCAACAUACCAGUGGAGUGGUUCUCUGUUGGCUUCAACUGGACCUGGAUGCUGCUUUUCGGGGACAUCAGGCAGGGCAUCUUCUACUCCAUGCUGCUUUCUUUCUGGAUCAUCUUCUGUGGGGAGCACCUCAUGAUACAUCUGUGUCAUCAACACUUAGACUGGUGCCCUCCUUCACAUCAGGACCAGACGGAGAGGAACCGCUUCUCUGUCUACUGGAAGCAGGUCGGACCCAUCGUGUUUGGCUCCUUCUGCCUUUUUAUCUUUGACAUGUGCGAGAGAGGGGUCCAGCUGACCAACCCCUUCUACAGCAUCUGGGCGUCUGAUGUAGGAACGGAGCUUGCUAUGGCUUUCAUAAUCGUGGCAGGAAUCUGUGCCUGUCUCUACUUCCUCUUCCUUUGCUUUAUGGUAUUUCAAGUCUUCCGCAACAUCAGCGGUAAGAGGACGUCUCUGCCCGCCAUGUCCAAGGCCAGACGGCUGCACUAUGAGGGUCUGAUUUUCAGGUUCAAGUUCCUCAUGCUGGUCACUCUGACCUGUGCCGCCAUGACUGUCAUCUUCUUCAUCAUCAGUCAGGUGAAUGAGGGCCACUGGCACUGGGGGGAGCACACAGUGCAGGUGAACAGCGCCUUCUUCACCGGCAUCUACGGCAUGUGGAACCUGUACGUCUUCGCCAUCAUGUUCCUCUACGCACCAUCUCACAAACGUUAUGGAGACGAGCAGUCAAGUGGUCAGUGCAUCACCGGAGACAAUGGAGGAAACAGCGGAGAGGACAUCCAGCUGACUACCACCAUCACCCACGUUGACGGCCCCACUGAGAUCUACAAGAUGACUGGCAAAGCGGCCCAGGAGUAGAUGUCCCACUGUGGUUAAGACUCCCCUCUUCUACCUGCUGCUCCAACGACCCCCCUCCCUCCUAUAUGUAAUCAAACUGGCUUUUUAUCUUUACAUACUCUGGCUAUAAACACGGAAUCAACAAUCCAGUUUGCAUGUAAUUUACCAGCUCACAGUUCCUGUCCUCCUCCUGCACCAAACCUCAGCAGUGCGACUUUUUACGUGCCACCCUGUUCCCAAUUGUAUCUCUAAAGACUGAAUAUUAUAAACACUCCAAUCAGUCCGUUUCAUUUCCCAGUAGAAUUUUUUUUUUUCUUACAUUUCAUACUUUAUGUAAACUGCCUGUGUUGUGUUUGUAAAUAUUGCACGCUGCUUUUGACACCAAAAAAUGGAGAUUAGAGUUUAGAGAAAACCACUUCUUGGUUGUCAGAAGUUGCAUUUGUCAGCUCACACUCCUUUUGAUAAAAGAACAGUGUGGUUAAACAAAGUCAUUUGUUAAGACCUGGACUUUUGAAAAAGAUGGACAGCAAGAUUUUGUUGAUGUAUUUGAGCUACUCUAUUUGAUUCUCUGACUAAUUACGUGUUCUAUUCUGAGUCACGGCUUCGUGACUGUCACCGUUGCAUAUUCUUCCAUUUAAAGUAGAUCAUGUUAGUUCUGCUGCCAAUCUUUCAAGUGGUGGAGAUCUUUUUUUUUUUUUUUAUAUAUCGUUGGAAGAAAUGUAAGGACCACAUAGCCACUCUUGGAAAUGCAUACUGUACGUUUAUUAUGUUACAAUGUAGAUAUCUAUUUUUUAUAAAGUGCUUAUUUUCAACUUCACAAAAUAUAUGCAUCAAGUUCUAUCAAUGUUUUUGAAGUUGACUGUAGCCUAUUAUACAUGCUUCUUAGUUUUUUGUUUUUGCUUUUUAUUCUAAUUUAAAUAAAAAAACAACUU